AAGAGGUAGGAAGCACCGUCUCCGCACCAUCAAAAAUGAUCAUGGAAGCAGUGAUCAGCAGUUUUUUAAUUGGUGCUGUACGUGUGUCAUCAGCAUAAUCUGGACCUCUGACAGUCUGCAAAAAACCUGAUACUCACCCACUGGGCGAGCUGGACUUGGUUACAUGGAAAUCAAGAUAGACUACUGAAUGCUUAAGUUUGGAGAAACCUGAAGCCAUGGCUACCUCUGAUUUGGGCCUGCAAAAAAGGAGAUGUGGGAUUUCAAUGGAAGCUUGUUGUCAAGUCAGAAAAAAAUAAUCUGACCUCUCUGAACUGUGCCAGAUACACAGAUCGUGGACCAUGGGACAACCAGACUGAUGACAUCUAAGAUAAGAAUGGAGGAAAGUGGCCUGGCAAGUUGUAAAUGAAUAAUGGAGGAGAAGCCUGGUCCAAUGGUAGCCUCUGUGCCAAAUCACACAGUGCCAAAUCUGACAACUGCCCUGUGGGGGCCCAAUCCUACAGUGCCUGCCAAUGUUGGUGUGGUCACAAGCUCCCAGUCACAGAUCAAAGACCUUAUUGGGUUGUUCUGCAUGGUGACCCUUAACCUCAUUGCUUUAUUAGCCAACACUGGAGUGAUGGUCGCCAUUGCUCGUGCUCCUCACCUGAAGAGGUUUGCCUUUGUGUGUCAUCUCUGUGCAGUGGACCUGCUAUGUGCCAUCCUCCUUAUGCCUUUGGGCAUCAUAUCCAGUUCACCGUUUUUUGGCACUGUGGUGUUUACUGUUUUGGAGUGUCAGGUUUACAUCUUUCUCAACGUGUUCCUCAUCUGUCUGUCUAUUCUCACCGUCACAGCCAUCAGUGUGGAGCGUUACUUCUAUAUAGUACACCCCAUGCGUUAUGAGGUCAAGAUGAGCAUCAACCUUGCCAUUGGUGUUAUGUUCUUCAUUUGGGUUAAAUCAGUGCUGCUGGCUUUGGUCACGCUGUUUGGGUGGCCAGCGUAUGGUAACCAGAGCUCUAUUGCAGCAGCCCACUGUUCUCUCCACUGGAGCCACAGUCGUUUGAGAAGAGUGUUUGCCGUGCUCUUCAGUGUUGUAUGUUUCCUGGUGCCUGCGGUGGUUAUCUUUGCCGUUUACUGUGCUGUGUACAAGGUAGCACGUUCAGCAGCCCUCCAGCAAAUCCCCGCUGUGCCAACAUGGGCAAAUGCCAACUCUGCCAAGAAUCGCUCUGACUCUGUCAACAGCCAAACCACUAUGAUCACUACGAAUCGCAGCCUGCCUCAAAGACUCUCCCCAGAGCGGGCCUUCAGUGGAGGCAAGGCUGCCCUUACUUUGGUGCUCAUUGUGGGUCAGUUCUUGCUCUGCUGGUUACCCUACUUCAUCUUCCACCUGCAAAUGUCUCUUAGUGCCACCAUGCAGAGCCCUGGGAGUUUAGAGGAGGCAGUUACCUGGCUGGCGUACUCCUCUUUUGCGGUAAACCCAUUUUUCUAUGGUCUGCUGAACAGGCAAAUCAGGGAGGAGCUGGUAAAGUUCAGACGCUGUUGCUUGACCCAGCCUGUGGAGCUUGGGGCAUCCAGUCAUGAGGGCUCCCUUCAGGAAAACAUCCUUCAGUUCAUCCAGAGAACCAGCAGCACAGCUGAGACACGCUCCAGCUGUGCCAACUCUAGCCCCAGAAACACUUUGGACCAGGGAGUUAAGAUCCCAGGACAAAUACCUGAGGAGCAACCAUAGACACUAGCCAGCAUGAGUGUGGACUGGAGUGCUGAUAUGGACCAUGAUCAUUUUCUGUUGUCAUAAGAUAUGUUCUCUCAAUACUUUUUGCAUCAGUGCCCACUGCCUCCUAUUAUUUAUUUGUGUGGGCCUAUUCAGACAUGGUUUCUCAUUUACCAUAAUGUAAAAUAUUGAAUUAAUGACACAGAAUUUUCUUGUGUCUGUUCUGACCAACGUAUUUUAUGAUUGGCCUGAUUUUAAGUAGUAGAAAUGUGUUUUGUAUGUUCUAUAAAUGUGUGCAUUCUUGAUUAUAACUAAAAAAUAAUGUGGAUGUGACUGGAUGGAUAUUUUUGUUUUUGGUUUCUUUUAUCUAAUUAUGAACAAUUUGUUUGCCAUAUGAAUA